GGCUAAUAGGACAUUUACGGUAUUUCUAUUUUAUUAUUUCUAUUUCAUAAACAGUUUAUUUUUUAUCCCGACACUCUCUCCCAAGUUUAUUAUACGCAAUUUCAAAUUUAUCAAAAAAUUAAUUCUUUCAUUUUCUAGUCACUUUAUUCACCGGAGAAGAUGAAUCUAACAAUAAGCCUUUCUUUCUCGUACCAAAAUGUGAAUGCCCUUCUGGUUAUGACGGCGAUUUUUGUGAAAAUCGAAUGUUAGAUGAAUGUGACCGCAGGGAUAUCGAAGAACACAAAAAUUAUUUAGCAGAAAUUGAAAAUCCAAAUAAAAUACUUUUAAAUUUUUCUCAAGAAGCAUUCAUUCAAACAUUGAAAAAUAGACUUGGUUGGAAGCCAAAUUAUUUUGAAACUAGAAGGGAUGCUCAACUUCAAGGUUUAGAGAAAGCUUUGCGCAAUAGAGGAAUGAAGACAUAUUGCGGUCCACAUGGUUUUUGUCGCCCUUAUAUUGAAGAGGAUGGAAUGAGUUGCAAGUAA